AUGCUGUGGGCAGUGCGGCACUCACCUAUUCCAAAGAAGGAAGACGACGUUCAGGAGAUCGAGGAGGUGCCUAUCGGAAAGGAAUCUAGUUCAUUAGCCGAAAACACCGGCACCAGCAGUACAGUCCGCCAGCACUCCAUCCUUCGCAAGAGCAUAAAUACUGCUGCUACCCGCGCCCGUGGCCAGUUCACGCCACGAAAGCAUAUCGACUUCUCUCUCGGUAUAUCCGACAUGUCCUCUAACGAUAUCAUAGGCGACGUGUUUAAAGAUCGUGAUGUGCGCGUCGAUGAUGUCGUCCGCACCACAAAUUGUAAGACUCAGGAACGCCGUAUCCAAGAGGCCAUGGAAAAAGAGCAGGGAGAGCGCUGUAGCCACGGUCUUUCAUCACGCAUGUCCUCGCGCCACCGCCGUCCUACAUAUUUGAGUUCCCCGUCACGCAGUCGCCCUUCAACCGAGGCUCCUAGCUUCACGAACCGCAAUUCGUCGACUCGGAAUCGCUUCUUCCGCCGCCGCCCCAGUGUCACCCAUGACCGAGACGAUUUGAUGGAACAGGGACGUGUAGAUUCACUUCUCCCAGCAGCCGUCGUGCAAGCUAUGCAGGAGCAGCAGCAGCAACAAUAA